AUGGCUGGCGGUGGUGAUGAAAGCAAACUUACCGGACUCUCCCGUUACUUCAAUGGCGAGACCAUGCGGGGCCGUGCAAAUGUCGCGAAAGCCACCUAUGCAUCCAUUGGACUGCUGAUUUUGUACUUCUCACUGAAGCCGAGCAAGAAGUAA